AUGGAAUCAUCACGAGAUGAAGUAAAUCAAACCAUGGAUGGAGAUGAUACUUCAAUGUACGAUGAAACUUUUUAUUCCGCAGAAGAAGAUAAUGAAUGCACUGAAAAACCUUCAUCAGUUGACGUUAAUACUAAGGGCGAUGAACAAUCUAAAGGUUCUUGUGAAUUACUUAAAACUAAAGACCGUUCAUCCGACAUUUUCUCCUCUACAUCUGAAAAAUCUCCUACUUCUCCCAAGAUUCGAUUAACUCCUUUAAAAAAGUCCAUAGAUUCUGUUACACCAAAUACUAGAUGGUAUUUUCCAUAUGUUGGAACAAAGACAUCACCACCUGGAUUAUGUCCCUUUAGAAAAAGAAAGGUAAGAGUUGAAGACUCGGAUGAUGAUGAUGACAGCUUGGAAAGAAAUAA